AUGCGGGAGCAGCAGCUGCACCAGCAGAUGGCCAACAGGAAGGGCAAGCUGCUGUCAAUUGUGAUCGGCCCCUUCUUGCUUCUUGUGCAGGAUCCAAUGAACUUUGGUGCUGUCCUCCGAUCGUCUUGCUAUUUCGGUGUCCAGAAGAUUUUCAUGCCCAGCAAGGACAGUUGCCGUCUGUCGCCAACAGUGAGCAAGGCAAGCUCGGGAGCGCUGGAAUUGAUGGACCUAUACGUCCUGCAAACGCCGGAGCGAUUCAUGGCGGAGCUGAAGGCGAAGGGCUGGUGGAUUGUGGGGACAUCAAGCUUUAACGACUCAACAAGGCAAGCGUCGGGCAGUGAAAGUCGUAAGCUCACUUGGGACCUACCGCCACCUGACAGGCCUGUGAUGCUGAUUGUAGGUGAGUAGUUGCUUGGAUGGCAU